AUGCAAUGUCUCUCUAUUCAAGGUUUGUCUUCAUCGGGAGGUGGUUCUGUUGGUGGUGAUGGAGUUGGUAACAGCAGUGGAGCUUCACGAGCACUUGUAAAGGAUAGGUUGAAGAUCUUCAGUGGUCAGUUUGAAGAGCUUCAUCAAAGACAAUCUCAAUGGACCGUUCCUGACACAAAGCUUAGAGAAUCUCCCAGACUUGCAGUUGUUGAAGUCUUGUUUCCUGCAUACAGAUCUUUCAUUAAACGUGUUGGGAAGAAUCCCCACAAGUACAUAAGGUAUUCAGCAAAGGAUCUUGAUCGGAUGCUUGGUGAAUUUUUCGAGGGUAAGACAUUGAACGAAGCAAGAUGA